CCGGGCUUCGGAGGCGUCGGAAGUGCUUCCUGGAGCACGGAGGAGGUCACAAGUCAUGUGACGACGGCUUUCAAGGGAGACUGUCUUUGAAGCUGUCCCUGAACUUACAGCUGAGAGAACACCGCAGCCCAGAAAGCCGGGAGUGGACAUUGAUCCUGCGGGACAAAGGGGUUCGUCAUGGCGGAUGACCUAAAGCGAUUCCUGUAUAAAAAAUUACCAAGUGUUGAAGGGCUCCAUGCUAUUGUUGUGUCAGACAGAGAUGGAGUCCCUGUUAUUAAAGUGGCCAAUGAUAAUGCCCCAGAGCAUGCUUUGAGACCUGGUUUCUUAUCUACUUUUGCCCUUGCAACAGACCAAGGGAGCAAACUUGGACUUUCAAAAAACAAAAGUAUCAUCUGUUACUAUAACACCUACCAGGUUGUGCAAUUCAAUCGUUUACCUUUGGUGGUGAGUUUCAUAGCCAGCAGCAAUGCCAAUACAGGACUCAUUGUCAGCCUAGAAAAGGAACUUGCUCCGUUAUUUGAAGAAUUGAGACAAGUUGUGGAAGUUUCUUAAUCUGGCAGUGGUUUUGAUGUACACUUUAUUUUCAUUAUAACCGACAAAAUAUCAAUCCAGCAAUCUUUAGACCACAACAGUCCUUGUAUCCAUGUACUCAAGAAAAGGUCCCUUUUCCCACCUGACACUAAAGAAAGAGCCCAUAGAAACAAUUUAUGGACAGACUGAUUUUUAUCUUUUCUUGUGUAGGGUCUUUUCUUGAUGUAGUGAGAUCUGGGGUUACCACAGAGAUGGUUCAGUACGUCACAGCUCCCAUGGAGUUAAUCCAGUCACAAAUAUGCAUGAGAUUCUAUUCAGUGGGUCAGAAUCAAAAUGGUACUUUGAUCCACUUAAGCCAUGAAGUGCUCCCUAUUAUAUAGUAUGCCCAGGCCUGCAGAAUGAGGCAGACCCUUUUUAUUGUGAAUAGUAAUGAGGACAUAUUUUUCUUUAUAUUGUUUUAUUUCUUUGCAUUGAGUGUGAGGAAGAUAAAAUGGCUUAGUAAAAUAAAAUCAGUACAAUCACUAACUUUUCUUGUAUAUAUUAUUUUACAAUAUAGAUGAAUAUUACUAAUUGAUUUGAUUCUUCUCAGAGGGUGCUGUGCUGCUCUUUAAUUAAAUUGAAAAUGAUAGCUAAUGUUUUUUUUCCUCCACUCUGCUUUCUAUAACCAGUCAGUGUUUUAAUGGUUGUGUGUUCUUUAUAAAAUUUAGAAGUGAUUCA